UCUGGGUAUAAAAAUAAAAUUAUGGCCACUUUGCUCCUUUCGUUUUUCGCAAGUUUCCAUUUCAUAAGUCAGGCCUAGAUUAUUUUUAAAUGUAUUACUAUUUUGUCUUUUUCCUUCAUAAUUUAUUUUUUUCUUUUUUUUCAGGAGAUUUUUAUGACUCCACAAGAUUUUCUAGAUUCCCUUACACUUGAUGAACCAAGAGAAAGAACAUUUCGUAAUGUAAUAAACAAAAAUCAAGUCAAAAAAUUCAUUCAAAAUACUCCACCUUUAAGAAGAGGAAAUUCAAAAAUGUUUAGUGAAUUGGGUGAUAAAGGAAUUAUUUCUUACGCUGAAUAUCUUUUUUUGGUUACACUGCUGACAAGUAUUUUUUUAUUGAAUUUAUUAAGGUCUAAUUUUUCGAAAGUUUUCAAAAAAAAAUUCCGAAUUUUUUUUUGAAUUUUUUUCUAAAAUUCUACUUGCCUCCCACAUAUGUCAUGGGUCCAUUCUGUCGAAGAAAUAUAAUUUUGUUAAAAUUUUUUUCCAAACCCAUACAAUGGUUCAAAACAGCACGUUUCAUCGAGCUGAAUGGAUCAAAUUAGAGGGGUCUGGAUUCUCUAUAAUGUUA